GAACAUAGGCCUCAGAGCCAUAGAUAUCAUGGGGGAUCAGAGGCUGCCAGAGAACCAGCUUCCUCGAUUACCCAGGUGCAAGCCUGUCUUGAAACACAAGACAGAACAACAGACAUCCACUCCUUUCAUGGAGGACCAUCACCAGCACUUUUCUCAGGAAGAACUGGAUGACUUUACUACAGAUUAUGAGCCACAUGAAGAGAUUUCUUCACAAACCAUCCAGGGGACUGUUUUCCCCAGAAUUUCUCAUAAAUUAUCCAGUACUGCCACGAAAAUGAAUCAGAGAAAGCUACCCAAGGAUUUGGGAUUGUUUUCCUCAAUUUCAAUGGGUCAGCAAGGAAUUAGAAGACCACAAUACAAGUUGGAUCACUUGUCUCAGAUGGAAGAUGAUGCUGAAGAAUAUAGCAUAAAUUUGAAGGAGCAGCCAAAAUGUGAUCAGAAUCUGAAAAAGUGGCCUAGCUUCAAAAAUAAAAUGAAAGUAAAUAAGAAUAGCAAGCAUGGGAAGAAACUUCACAACCUGCAUCCCCCUGAAAAUUCCAGGUUGGGUCAAAAAAAAUUCCUUCCGACACACACAUCCAGAAAUAAGAAUUUGCUUGACCCUCUUUAUUAUAGAUGCACACAAAGGGGAGGUGAUAAUACACAUGAAUUGAAUGAAGCAAUGGGAAACUUGGAUGUGUUGCAACAAUUUGAAAUGGACUAUGCUAACCAACCAACUUAUGACGAAUUCUCAGACAAGAUAAUCAGUCUUCCUCCUUCAAAGCUCAAGUACUUCAGAGGAUUAACCAAAGAAAAUGGAAUCAAAGUCUGCAAACAGAUAUCAAAAUUUGAUAUGAAAGUCCAAAAGCCACAUGAUCUUUCUCUGUCCACCAAGGAGAAGUUUAAACAUGGACCAUCAUACCAGAAAGUGAAGCAAUUGAAAACACAGGCUGUAAAAGAGCCUUUAAAUGACCCCAAGAGCUUGCCUGAAAUUGAAGGUAAAAAUGUUUGCAAACCAGAUGUACUUGAAAAUCUCUAUGGAGCAAUUGCCUUUAAGGAUUUCAUUGUACACAAGGGCUAUGAUAUGCCAGGAAUACUCCAGAAGCUUUUUAUGAAAAAGGGAUGGAAUUACAACUCAGUUAAUACUCCUAUACCAAGUGUAUUAAAAUAUCAUGAAAUGAUUCAGAAAAAAAUGGAUGAUGAAGAUGAUGAAAACAGUGGAAAUGAACUUUACUAAAAAAGAUUUUCUUAUCACCACUACUUGACUGUGUCCUCCCCUCAUUUUUCAUUUGUAUUGAGUGGACACCCUUUGGCACCACAACCACAAACAACUCUUAACAUUCAGAAACAUUUCUCAAUGAAGUUAUACUCUGCCCUCAAGAAUAUUUUUGAUAUGCUAUACAGUGUGAGUUCAACAUUAGAAUCUAAUUACCUCACAUAGUCUUUCAUUGACACUGCUACAAAAAUCAUUUGUAAAACUACAUAAACCAUUCAUUAAAAACAGAAAAAC